AUGCAAUCUGCAAGUUACUUUGGGUCAAUCAUUCUCCUUUUGCAAGCUAUUUUGGAAGCGUCUAGCCAGGGAAUCUCAAUUUGGAAACCUGACUCAGAGGAUAAUUGGGCUCCAUCUUCCCAAUCAAUCCGCUACUCAAAAUGGGCUGAAGAACGACGUUCAACUUCAAGUACCCAGUCCUAUUUCCGAACCACAACACCUGGGUCUCCAGAAAUUGAAAACGUCUUUCGAAUUCACAACGCCACUGAUCUUCUCUUUCGCUACCAUGAAGCGGAGAAAAAGCAAAAAGGAAAUGGCUCUAGAUCGUCCUUCAACACUCCAAUAUUUGAAACCACCACCACCACCACCACCAACAUUCCACCUCCGACUAAACCAAAUGGAUUAGCACUAGCGGAGGUCAUUGUAUAUGGGAAGGCUUCAACUGUAAUAAUUGUAAUACUAACUAUAAUCGCUUCAAGUGUAACUAUUGGAGGCAAUGUACUGGUUCUGGCUGCUUUCUACCUUGAAAGGACUCUUAGAAUUCCAACAAACUACUUCAUAGCUUCUUUGGCUGUCACAGAUGUUUUGAUUGGUAUCUUUUCUAUGAAUUUGUACACUACAUAUCUUCUUCUUGGAUACUGGCCACUUGGCCGAGAGCUCUGUGAUCUCUGGUUGGGAUUGGACCAUACACUCUGUCUUACCAGUCAAUAUACAGUCUUUUUCAUAACUCUCGAUCGGUUCUUCUCCGUCAAAAUUCCAGCAAAGUAUCGAAAUUGGCGAACUGGUAAUAAGAUUCUUAUUAUGAUUGCAAUAACGUGGAUUCUGCCGUCGUCUAUAUUUUUCACAACUCUUCUUGGAUGGCCUCAUUUCAGUGAAACCAACUUCGUCCGACAGAAACUGGAAUGUUACGCAGAGUUCUCGAGUAAUCCUAUGUUUAAUACUAUUCUUACCAUUACCUAUUUCUGGGUAACUCUAACUGUGAUGACUGGACUCUAUAUAGGCAUUUAUAUGGUAGCUUUGCGUCUCCAAAAGAAGUCGGAGAAGAAGAAGGCUAAGGUUAAGAAUUAUAUGAACAUGUAUCAAAAUGCUUCUGGAAAAAGUGUUGCAUCAAUUCAGAACGAGACUGAAAUGGACUUUGCGGAAUCCUAUCACUUAGCGAGUAGUAAUGAGACAGGUGCCCGAGUGACAUCAGGAGAAUUUGAUUCCACUCCAAUUCCACAGCAUGAUUCACGGAAGCCUCUUCAAGCAUCCACAAAGCUCCCAAAUGAUCAAAAGAGGGAGGGAAAUAUGCCUUAUUGUGGUCUAGUUAAGCCUAUUAGAGAUGCAGUUAAUGUUAACAAUUCAAACCCAUUUCAUAAUAAGACACGAAUGGGAGUUUAUACCAACGAAUGUUUCUCUGAAUCCAAUUCGUACCCAAUCGGCAAUUGUUCACCAAAAGCUUCGCCAACUUCCAUAACUGAAACUGUGUUUGUCGACAUCCGUUCACCGCAUCUGAGCGAUCCUGAAAUACCCGAAUCGACUAAAAUGUUUGAAAACAAUUUGUACACUUUUCCCUCAUCUCCAGCUGUUCACAUUUUUAACGACAUGGAAAAUUGUAGUGAGGAAAGCAGUUUGAAGCUUAGUUUCGCCUACUCCAAUCCCAAUCAAUCCUAUAAUAGCAGUACCGGUGAGAUCCCCUCUAAGUUUGAAAAGGACCAAGUAUCAGAUAAAGAUUUCAAUGUCUUUGAUUAUGUACCACCAAGCUAUGAAUGUCGACCAUCGGGGACAUUUAACCGAAAUUCUAGCAUGAUUCAAAUGACGCCCAAUGAGAGACCUAAAGAGUCUAGCAUCACGUCUCAAGUCUGUCCCUUUUCCGAAUCCAGUCCUCAAAAGACCAAUAUGAACGCCAGAAGAGUGUCUAAAGCCAGUGCAGCUCGGGUAGCCCAAAUAUGGCAGGAUCGACUCAUGAUGCAGGAUGACAAGUAUCCAAAAGCCAAUCACGACGGUAUCUUCCAAUCAAGGCACAAUAGCAAUAGCCGAAAUUUAGAGAACAACUCCUCUGGCAGUCGUACGGCAAGUACGUCAAAAAAAACUCUUCGGUCAGGAAAGAAGAAGAGGGAAUUGAAUAGCUACCUCCACCGAGGUCAAGAAUCCGGCACAAGUGGUGCCAAUCAAGCUCCUAUGGAACGUGGUAGAACUGCCAACCGAGCACGUAAAGCCCUCAAAACUAUUUCUAUUAUUUUGGGCGCCUUUGUUAUUUGUUGGACACCCUACCACAUUGUGAUUCUGAUCAAGGGUUUCUGUGAUAAUCCCAAAAAUGCCUACUCAUGUGUUAACUCCCACAUCUACUAUAUGGCCUACUGGAUGUGCUAUUUGAAUUCGCCGAUAAAUCCUUUCUGCUAUGCCCUGGCCAAUGCUCAAUUCAAACAGGCUUUCCUUAGGAUUUUGCGAUUUGAUUUCAAACGACGGUGA